AACUACAUCCCCACGCUCUUGAAGCAGCACAACAUCCACCGAGCCAACCACUCUGCCGCGGACGUCGUGUGGAACUCGACGCUGGCCGACAUUGCGACUCAGAUUGCGCAGAGCUGCACCUUUGCGCAUCAGAGCAUUGACGGCGGCGGCUACGGCCAGAACAUCGCCGCCGGCGUCCCCGCGAGCAAUAUCGCCGCCGUGGUGACGAACCUGUGGUACGACGGCGAAUUCAAUAGCUUCCUGCCGAGCUACUACGGCCAGGCCAAUCCGCCCAACUUUUACGCUUGGGGCCAUUUCUCCCAAGUCGUGUGGAAGGCGACGUCGGAAAUCGGGUGCGGGACGGUGUACUGCAGUAAAGGGCUGGGCGGUGUUGGCUCGGACGUUCCGCCUUGGUUCACGGUGUGCAACUAUCGCGGCCCCGGCAAUGUGGGAGGCCUGUAUGGGAAGAAUAUUGGCAAGCCCUUGGGGCAUCCGAAUGUU